GAACUCGGUAAACCCGGAAAAGGGGAAGCGGAAGAACAGCUAAAAGUACAGAACAGUUGAUAAAUAAAAAGCUAAAUGCACACGAAGUGAACGAUAUUUACAUUUACGACUCGUUCCCAGUCUUAAACCUUCGUAGAAGGGGUUAAACGUAGAAAGGUGAUUGAAGAUGCAGCAACGACUGAACUGAAGAUGAAAAUGUGGUUUUAGGUUAAGGAGAUGGCUUCUGGAGGGGUUUUCUCUGUGGUUUUGUGCCAAAACUAACGUAAGACUUGCCCUGUUCCCAGUGUUCCCAGUCCUGUAAAAUGCCCUGAACCGAGUGGACUGGCUCCUGUAGCUGAGGACAAUGGCCAGAAUAGCCUGGUAUCAAGAGAAGAUUGGUACCUACGAUCAGCAAGUCUGGGAGAAAUCCCUGGAGAAGGCAGACCUAGUUGGUUUAGAGAGCAAGCCAAAGAAAACAUAUCGCAUGAAGCCAGACCUCAUUGAUGUGGAUUUAGUGAGAGGGUCAACGUUCAGCAAAGCCAAGCCAGAAAGUCCCUGGACAGCUCUGACUCGAAAAGGCCUGGUCAGAGUUCUCCUGUAUCCGUUCUUCUUCCAGUGGUGGAUUCAGGUCACGUCCAAGUCCAUCUCCACAUGCAUCCUUGUGCUCUACUUCCUGCAAGUGGCGGCGGCAGUGCUGUACCUGGAGGUCCCUCGGGCGAGUGCCAGCGAGCUGUUUCAGCCCAUGUGUCUCAUGCUGCUGCUGGGCACCGUGCACUGCCAGAUUGUUUCGACCGAGUCCAGCCGGUGGCCCUCAGGCAGUCCAGCUGCUAGCAGUAGCGCCAGCCCUGCACGCAGGAGGAGGCUGCGGAAUGGCAGAGGGUUAAAAAAAUCUGAAGAAAAGAAUGACAGCAGGAGCACCGAGCUGCCGGAGCCCUGGCAGUUUGAAGAAAGCCAGCGAUUAUACAGAAGCAAGGAGAGGAGGAGUAAAAGUCACUGUGGAUUCGGAGCAUCUGAUGAGCUCUCCAGUGAUGAAGAAGAAGGUGCGCAAUCAGAGUCUGUUGGUCGACCGACACGUCGUCAUGAUUCGGCGAGGCUGAAGUCCACCUCUGCUCCAGCGUCUCCUGUUAGGAACAGAAUCGUGAAGUCUAACCCGAAACCGGCACCAAGGCCUCAGGAAGGGAGUGCAGCAUCCAUCAAGCUGAAGCCUCAUGGAGUGGAGCGCUCUCAUCCCGCCUCUGACACUGAUGACAUGAUGUGGGAGGAGCUUCUCCAGGGUUCCUCUGAUUCCGCCUCCACAGGAAGCAGUGAUAGUGAAGGGAAUGGGAGGUACAGCACUGGAAUGAACCUCCCCAAAAACAGUGCUCAGAGCAGCGAUGACGAAAGUCUGCAACAAGGAAUCAGCAAUAGCCAUCUGACUUGGCUGCAGGCGUGUCAUCCGUCCAAGGACCGUGUUAGUGCUAUAAUAUGGGAGAACGGAGAGUGCAAGAAGGCUGACAUGUCAGUGCUGGAGAUCAGCGGCAUCAUUCUCACACGGGUAAAGUUAGCGGAGCAGGGUGUGGGUUACCUUGUUCUCAGCAGCCUCAUGACGACCACCUUGGCGCUGCUUCCGUUUGCCUUUCGCCUGGCUCAGCGCUUGGACAUGUCCAGCCUCAGCUGUCUCUCCCUAAAACAGUUGGCGGAGCUUGCGGUGGGACCAUACGAUGCCCGAGCUUACGCCUUUUUCUUCAUUACUGCGGUUCAGAGAGUCCUCCUCACAGGCCUGUUCUUCUUCCUGUUGUGUGUGGCUGAACGGACCUACAAACAGAGGCUUUCAUUCGCCAAGUACUUCAGCCAUCUCACAUCAGCACGCAAGGCCAAGAAAUCUGAAGUCCCCCACUUCAGGCUGAAGAAAGUCCAAAACAUAAAGAUGUGGUUGUCACUUCGCUCUUUCCUGCGGAGACGAGGCCCACAGCGCUCCGUGGACGUCAUCGUCUCAACAAUCUUUCUGUUGGCACUUUCCGUCUCAUUCAUCAUUUGUGCUCAGCUUCUGCACAGUCACACGACGUUCCUGGAGUCUUUGAUAAAUUGGGAGCUUGUGGUGUGGUGCGCCUCCCUCAUUCCCUUUCUGCUGCGGCUCGCGACACUGGGCUCAGAGACCAACUCCAAAUUCAGCAACUCCUCAGUGCUCCUCACCGAGCAGAUCAAUCUGUAUCUGAAGAUGGAGAAAAAGCCUUAUAAGAAAGAGCAGCUCAACAUAGUGAACAAUGUGUUAAAACUGGCUACAAAGCUAAUGAAGGAGCUGGACACUCCUUUCAGACUGUUGGGUCUGACCAUGAACCCUUUGAUCUACAACAUCACAAAGGUUGUGAUUCUGUCUGCUGUCUCUGCUGUGGUCAGUGAUCUGCUUGGCUUCAACAUCAGAAUGCGGAUGUCUUUUUAGAGGAAGAACAAGUUGAUGAAAUCCGACUUUUCAGGCUGUGGAAAAUCAAGCCCUAAUGUGAAGAAGCCACUAAAUCCACCAUCUGCUGCAGACACCUCCUCAAACACAAAACUACUGAUGGUGCAUUGUGCUGACGGAGCCUUUAUGGGUCAUUCAGAAGCCAGAGAUGCUCUGGCAAUCACUCACGCACCAUUACUGGCUGCUCCGCCGACGUGGCAUUGAAGUUUCCAUCAACUUUAUCAACUCACACAGUGCCUAACCUCUGACCCUUGAAUGUUUCUUUAUGGUUUCAUUAAAGCUGACAACAGAGGUCCAUUCAAGCCUCUGUAGCAUCCAGAUUUAAUUAAUCACAGCUGUGUAGACUCAGCCUGACAUGCACACAUGCUGAACUUGGUUUUUUAGUGUUUUUUUAAUCAAUGUUUUAUUUUUAGGAUAAUUGUGUGUGUGUGUGUGUGUGUGUGUGUGCGUGCGUGCGUGCGUGCGUGCGUGUGUGUGUGUGUGUGUGUGUGUGUGUGUGUGUGUGUGUGCAAAGUCAAAAUCUGAAAAUGGGCAGGCAGUUGUAUUAAAUCCUAUUUCAAAGCUCUCUGAGGCAGUUGUAUUUUAACUUGAUUCUUGUGACUUAAUUUAUUUGUGUUUCUACUUUGUGAUCGGAUUUCAUUGCGCUGUACCUUUUUUAUAUCGGAGGCCAUCUUUCAAUGGAACAUAGAUAAUGUUGAAUAAAUGAGAUUAAAUUUG